AUGUCUUCACCUCCACAAAGUACUAAUCAAAAUAACUCCAAUCCACCUCAAGAUUCACUUGAAAGGGAAUCUGGGUCCAUCUCACAAAGUCAACAACCACCAAUUGUUUCAUCACCAUUAUUUUUCAAUUCUUCAAAUCCAGGUUCAGAUAUUGGUAAUUUUAAUUCUCAAAGCCAAAGUCAAAGUCAGAUAAGAAAUGAUAUAUCAUCUCCCUUACAUUAUACUUCCUCAGCACAACCAACUUCUGAUAUUGGUGGGUUUGAUUCUCAAAGAUCUGCUAGAGUACAAGAUGUCGGUAGAAUAAUGAGAAGAGCUCAAAGAAGUGAUAUCACCGAUUCUGUAUCUUCACCUCAACGUAAUAGAAGAUAUUUCACUCAAGGUAGAGGUAAUGGCCCCUCGAAUUUAAACUCCGGUACUUCAGCACAAUUUAGUACUGAUCCAGCAGAACCUAAUGAUGAACCCGUGAGAGUUAUUUGGGGUACAAAUGUAUCUAUUCAAGAAUGUUCUAAUAUCUUUAGAGAUUUUUUAUUGUCUUUCAAAUAUAAGUACAGAAGAGAGUUGGAACAGCAAGCUGUUGAACCAGAAGACCAUGAAUUAUACUAUGUUAAUCAAUUGAAUAACAUUAUCGAAUUAGGAUUAACUAAUCUUAAUUUAGAUGCCAAAAACUUAUUGAGUUAUCCAUCGACGAGAAAAUUGUACUAUCAAUUGAUUAAUUAUCCUCAAGAAAUUAUUCCUAUUAUGGAUCAUACCAUAAAAGAUUGUUUAAUUCAAAUUAUCAACGAUGCUAAUGCCACUACUAGUCCGGCACAAUCCAAACUUGAUGAAAUUGAAACUAAUGUUUAUACUAUACGUCCAUACAAUGUCAAUUUGGUUGAAAAAGGCAUUCGUGAGUUGAAUCCUAAUGACAUUGAUAAAUUGGUAAGUGUUAAAGGAUUGACAUUACGUUCUACCUCGAUUAUUCCUGAUAUGAAAGUGGCAUUUUUCAGAUGUAAUGCCUGUGGUCAUACUGUUGGGGUAGAAAUUGAUCGUGGUGUAAUCUCUGAACCAACUAAAUGUCCUAGAGAAGUCUGUGGUCAAACCAAUUCAAUGGUUCUUAUCCAUAAUCGUUCUUCAUUUUCUGAUAAACAAGUGAUAAAAUUACAAGAAACUCCUGAUUUGGUUCCAGAUGGUCAAACCCCUCAUUCCAUCAACUUGUGUGUUUAUGAUGAAUUGGUUGAUUCUUGUCGUGCUGGUGAUCGUGUUGAAGUAUGUGGUAUUUUCAGGUCAACUCCAGUUCGAGCAAAUCCAAGACAAAGAGCAUUGAAAAGUUUAUAUAAAACAUAUUUGGAUAUUGUUCAUGUGAAAAAAAUUGAUAAAAGGCGAUUAGGUGGUGAUGUUACCACCUUAGAACAUGAAUUGGCUGAAAAGGAUCAAGAAGUUGAACAAGUUAGGAAAAUCACUGCUGAAGAAGAAGCUAGAAUCAAAGAAAUUGCUGAACGUGAUGACUUGUAUGAAAUAUUAGCUAGAUCGUUAGCUCCUUCUAUCUAUGAGAUGGAUGAUGUUAAAAAGGGGAUCUUGUUACAAUUGUUUGGUGGCACUAAUAAAACGUUUAAAAAAGGUGGUCGUUAUAGAGGUGAUAUAAAUAUCUUGUUGUGUGGUGAUCCAUCUACUUCUAAAUCACAAAUCUUACAAUAUGUCCAUAAGAUUGCUCCAAGAGGGGUUUAUACUUCUGGUAAAGGUUCUUCGGCAGUUGGUUUGACAGCUUAUAUAACUAGAGAUAUUGAUACAAAGCAAUUGGUAUUAGAAAGUGGAGCUCUUGUAUUAUCUGAUGGAGGUGUUUGUUGUAUUGAUGAAUUUGACAAGAUGAGUGAUACCACCAGAUCAGUUUUACAUGAAGUCAUGGAACAACAAACCAUUUCUAUUGCUAAAGCGGGUAUUAUUACCACCUUAAAUGCUAGAACAUCUAUUUUAGCUUCCGCAAAUCCAAUUAAUUCUCGUUAUGAUCCAAAUUUACCUGUGACUGGAAACAUUGAUUUGCCACCACCAUUGUUAUCACGUUUUGAUUUGGUUUAUUUGAUUUUGGAUAAAGUUGAUGAAUCCAUCGAUAGACAAUUGGCUAGACAUUUGACAGAUAUGUAUUUAGAAGAUGCUCCAGAAACUGUUAAUGCGAAUGCAGUGUUGCCUGUGGAAUUAUUGACACUUUAUAUCCAAUAUGCUAAAGAGAAUUUCAAUCCCGUGAUGACAGAAGAAGGUAAAAACGAAUUGGUUAGAGCAUAUGUUGAAAUGAGAAAAUUAGGAGAAGACGCCAGAUCAUCAGAGAAGAGAAUCACAGCUACUACAAGACAAUUGGAAUCAAUGAUUAGAUUGUCUGAAGCCCAUGCUAAAAUGAGAUUAUCUGAAAGAGUUGAAUUGAUUGAUGUUAAAGAAGCAGUAAGAUUAAUCAAAUCGGCAAUUAAAGAUUACGCUACUGAUCCAGUUACUGGUAGAAUUGAUAUGGAUAUGAUUCAAACUGGUACUACAGCACAACAAAGAAGAGUACAAGAAGAUUUGGUCACUGAAAUUAUGAAAAUCAUUGAAGAAAAUAACAAUUUGAUUAGAUUUAAUGAUCUUAGUGUUAAAUUGAAUGAACGUAGUUCAUUUAGAGUAGAAAACAUGGUGAUUAAUGAAGGGUUGAGACGAUUACAACAAGAAGGUAAAAUCAUGGAAACUGGUGAUAGUCAUAGAAGAACUAUCAGAAAGAUUGCUAUUGUAUAA